AUGGAGAAAACGCUACAGAAAAGGCAAGUUAUCUUUCUUCCUAUACUGUUGCUUUUGUGGGAGGCUGGCUCUGAGACAAUUAGGUAUUCCAUGCCAGAAGAAACAGAAAGUGGCUACUUAGUGGCCAACCUGGCAAAAGACCUAGGGCUCAGGGUAGGGGAACUGGCCUCUCGGCGCGCGCGAAUCCAUUACAAAGGAAACAAACAGCUCCUGCAGCUCGAUAUAAAGACCGGCAAUUUGCUUCUAUAUGAAAAACUAGACCGGGAGGUGCUGUGCGGGGCCACAGAACCCUGUAUAUUGCAUUUCCAACUAUUACUGGAAAACCCAGUGCAGUUUUUUCAAGCUGAUCUGCAGCUCGCAGAUAUAAAUGACCAUUCCCCAGAGUUCCUGGAAAAGGAAAUGCUCCUAAAAAUCCCAGAGAGCGUCCAGCCAGGGACUGUAUUUCCUCUGAAAAUAGCUCAGGACUUUGACAUAGGUAGCAACACUGUCCAGAACUACACAAUCAGCCCCAACUCCUAUUUUCAUGUUGUUACUCAUAAUCGCGCAGAUGGUAGAAAAUACCCAGAGCUGGUGUUGGACAAAGGGUUGGACCGGGAGGAGCAGCCCGAGCUCAGUUUAACCCUCUCGGCGCUGGAUGGCGGGGCCCCGCCCAGGUCCGGAACCAUCACAGUACGCAUUGAAGUCGUGGACAUCAAUGAUAACGCUCCUAAAUUUUUACAGUCGCUCUAUGAAGUACAGGUUCCCGAGAACAGCCCCCUUAACUCCUUAGUCGUCGCUGUUUCCGCCCGAGAUUUAGAUGCAGGGACGUAUGGCAGUGUGACUUACGCUCUAUUCCAAGGCGACGAAGUUACCCAACCAUUUGUAAUAGACGAAAUAACAGGAGAAAUUCGUCUGAAAAGGGCAUUGGAUUUCGAGGCAACUCGAUAUUAUAACGUGGAAAUUGUUGUAACAGACGGCGGAGGCCUUUCAGGAAAAUGCACUGUAGCUGUAGAGGUGGUGGAUGUGAAUGACAACGCCCCUGAACUGACCAUGUCGACUCUCACCAGCUCCACCCUAGAAAAUUCCCCAGAAAGUGUAGUCGCAGCGUUCAGUGUUUCUGACCCAGAUUCUGGGGACAACGGAAAGAUGGUUUGCUCCAUCCAGGAAGACCUUCCCUUCCUCUUGAAACCCACAUUCAAGAACUUUUAUACCCUGAUGACACAGAGGCCACUGGACAGAGAGGUCAGAGCCGAGUACAACAUCACCAUCACCGUCACCGACUUGGGGACGCCCAGGCUCAAAACCGAGCACAGCAUAACCGUGCAGGUCUCCGACGUCAACGACAACGCCCCCGCCUUCACACAAAGCUCCUACACCCUGUUCGUCCGCGAGAACAACAGCCCCGCCCUGCACAUCGGCAGCGUCAGCGCCACAGACAGAGACUCGGGCACCAACGCCCAGGUCACCUACUCGCUGCUGCCGACCCACGACCCGCACCUGGCCCUCGCCUCCCUGGUGUCCAUCAACGCGGACAGCGGACACCUGUUCGCCCUGCGGUCGCUGGACUACGAGGCCCUGCGGGCGUUCGAGUUCCGCGUGGGCGCGGCAGACAGAGGCUCCCCCGCGCUGAGCAGCGACGCGCUGGUGCGCGUGGUGCUGGUGGACGACAACGACAACGCGCCCUUCGUGCUGUACCCGCUGCAGAACGGCUCUGCGCCCUGCACCGAGCUGCUGCCCAGGCAGGCCGAGGCGGGCUCCCUGGUGACCAAGGUGGUGGCGGUGGACGGCGACUCGGGCCAGAACGCCUGGCUGUCGUACCAGCUGCUCAAGGCCACGGAGCCCGGGCUGUUCGGCGUGUGGGCGCACAACGGCGAGGUGCGCACGGUCCGGCUGCUGAGCGAGCGCGACGCGGCCAGGCACAGACUGCUGGUGCUGGUCAAGGACAAUGGCGAGCCGCCGCUGUCGGCCACCGUCACGCUGCACGUGCUGCUGGUGGACGGCUUCUCCCAGCCCUACCUGCCGCUGCCGGAAGCGGCGCCGGAACGGGCGCAGGCCGACUCGCUCACCGUCUACUUGGUCAUCGCGCUGGCCUCGGUCACCUCGCUCUUCCUGUUCUCGGUGCUCCUGUUGGUGGCGGUGCGGCUGUGCAGGAGGCGCAGGGCGGCCUCGGAGGGUCGCUGCUCGGUGCCUGGUGGCCGCUUUCCGGGCCACCUGGUGGACGUCAGCGGUACGGGGACCCUGUCCCAGAGCUACCAGUAUGAGGUGUGUCUGAUGGGAGGUUCCGGGACAAAUGAGUUCAAGUUCCUGAAGCCGGUUAUCCCCAGCCUCCCACCCCUGGGCACUGGCGAACAAAUAGAAGAAAACAUUACCUUCCGGAAUAGCUUUGGAUUCAAUUAG